UAUGGGAAACUCAGUAUGUUAUAGCUAGGAUGAAGUUCGAAAGAAGGAAUGUCUCCCUUUAAGAAUAAAAAGAGCUAUGGAAAUUAAAAAAAAGCUUAAAAUGAUUGUGCUAAAAGGAGCUUAGGAACUGGAAAAUGAAUCUGAAAAAACUGAAAUGCUGGAAUGUUUCCUUGAUUUUUUUAAAGUAAUUUUUAAAUUGAUUAAAAGGAUAAACUUCUUAAAGUAAUUUAAAAGUAUGAAUUUCCAAAACCUGGUAAAGACUUUUUGUAAUCUGGUUAUGUUUUAUCUUUUGCAAAUAUAACAGAUAUUACUCAGUAGAUUCAUAAAGAUGAUGGUGACGUAGACUCUUAAUUGUUAAAAAGUUUGAUGGAUGAUAUCAAUGAGUUAAAAGAAAAGUCACUUUUUUAUUUAAUUCUCAAGGAAUUCGACAGAUUCUACAAAUAAUUAGUGUUAUCAAAAAAAGAUAAAUUAGACGAUAUAACAAUAUCUCCUAAUUUGCAUCAUAUGUCUGAUACUAAGAGUUUUAUUAAAACACAAUUACCUUUAGAAAUUUAAGAAAAACAUUAAACUAUCGAAUUUGAAGAUUGUUUUUUUUCUAAGAGAAAAUUAAGUGCUUUGAUUAAGGAAGAUAAAUGUUUGAUCGAUUACCUAAUUAUUAGUAUAAUUAACCUGUUUGAAUUUUUAAAAUAGACAAUUUACUUGACAUAUUCAGAUAUAAUUAAAGAAUACAUUUCUCUAAAUGAUAUUUAAAAAUAUCUUUAAAAUAGUUUGUUUUUCUAAAAGCUAGUUUAACAUUAUAUAUAUGAUAAAGAAUUAUGUAUUGGAUAACUAAUUGAAAAGAUAAUUCCUUUAAAAUAUUAAAAUUAAUAGAUAUAAUAUGAAGGUCAAAUACUGGAAAGAUAAUAAACUUUAGAUAUAUCCUUAUAUCCUGAACCUGGAUAAUAAACAAUGAUUAAAGAAUUUGAAGAGGAUAUUUUUGCUCAUGAUUUUGGAAAACUAAGAUAAGAAUAGUAUUUCAGAAAUAGCUCAAGGAUGUCAAUUAUUGAGAUGUAAAAUAAAAUUAUGAAUGCAAUUGAAUAAAUUGAAAAAGAAAAUCUACCUUAUAAAGAAUUAUUUAUAAUUUUGAAACAAAUGUUUGAAGAAGUUAAGCCAUAUAGAAUAUUUCUGUUGAUUUAAAAAUUGUCUGAUGAUAUUGUUGAUAUUUAUUUAUAGUCUAGACCUUAAGAUUAAUAAAAUAAAUAUCGUGAACUUAUUUUAGCAGAAGAUAAUAAACUUUCAAUUAUUUUAUUUUUACUACAUAAAUUUUAAGACUCAAGUAAAUGUAAUUUAAACAGAUUAUUUUAUAAAUUAAGAUUUAUGAUGGAUUACAAUUAAGUUCUUGAUGAUAGAAUAAAAUAUGAAAUGGAUUAAUCAUUCGUGAGAUUUUAUGCCUGUCUAGAGAUGAUGAUCUAAACUCCUUGA